AUGAAGCUUUGUGACAAAAAGUCGGCGUUGCUGGAUAUCACAGAAAACAUCGAAAUGAGGCUUUUCUCUUUAGAAGAAGAAACUGGGAUCAUAGCGACGCAGGAAAAAGAAGAGAACAAACAAACCUCUGAACAGACCCAGCGGUUCCGGUACCUGGAGCAUCCUCUGGCCCCUGACCUGGAGGAAGAGGAGGAGGAUGAAGACCUGCUAGUCGAGAUCAAAACCAAACAACCAGCAGAACCAAAAACUGGACCUCCCGUCGUCAAGGAGACUUCUUAUUGUUCGCACAUCUUCAACAUAACAGACGACACACACAUCGAGAUGGAGUCUUUUCCGCCCAUCAGGCUUUCUGACAUCGAGCUGGUCGAGAUGAAAUCCGGCAGCUCUGACUGCGCCGCCCCGUCAUCCUUAAACAAACCUCGUCACCUUAAAUGGAAGAAACUGAAACCACAGAAGAGCAGACAUGUGGUUAAAGACGUGAUCUGUCUCCCAAAGGAAACGUUCCUGGAGCAGCUGGACAGUAAACAAACGGCUCCCCACCAAGCAGCCCUGGCGGCUCGCAUCACGGUCGACUCCAGCUGGUCAGCCAAUCAGAUGCAGAGUCGCCUGGCGUCGCUUUUUCAACCGCAGUUUGUAAAGAAACCAGGACAAAAGUUUUCCUUCACGUACCUACAGAGUGUGCGGAGCUCCAAGGUGCUGUUUGUCCCUGAUUCUCCUGCAGAGGGCUGGACUGGAGAGCAAGUCCUCCGGAUCAGUGAACACGGUGCUUUGUAUAUAUUUAGUCACCACAGCUAUGAACAGGCACAAUAUGAAAGCAGAGCAUCCGUCUUGAAAAGGUAA